AUGGAGACGCCGCAUUCUCAUAGCAGCCCCGAGUUUAUGGCCUGGGGGACUGCUUUCUCGAUGACCACUAGGCACGCCUCGCACGUCCGCGUGGCCGCCGCCUUUGCCAGCCAAGUCCCUAACGGAAUAUCGGGUCCUGCGACAGCAUGUUUGCCAUCUGAAAGGCGGAUACGGCUCGAAGACAGCGGCCGACUGCUCUAUAGAUGCUGCUCCAACGGCGGCAACGAGGAUGGUGGCGAUAGCCGAGCCCUCUCACUCAUCUCCUGUGAGUACUGGGAUUGCCGAGCGCAUGCACGCGCAUGGGACACUACAAGCCUGGCAGGCGAUCAGCGGAAGGCCAAGAAUCUGACUUUAGCUGAGGUGCAAUUGAAGUCUCUGUGGCCUCCGCGCUUCUCAGUAAUCCCGUACCCAGCUAUGCUUGGGAGCUGAUGCGGAGCUGACCUUAGUGACGGGCGGCGUUGGAAGACGGACGAGAAGUUAUUGCAUGCGGGAUAUGUGGAGGGGGUCGGGCGGCGCGGACACCGCCGAACGGGUCCGCCGGCAACAAUGGCACGAAACCAGUCGGAGGGAGCCUGCAGACUGGGGGCUGCUGGAUACACAUUUGCCAAUUUCUCGGUCCGCUUUGUAAGAGGAAAGACC